CUGAGCUAGCUCUACAAACCAGAAACCUAAUUUUCUCGGCUUCUGCAAAAGAAUGAACAACAACGUCCUGGGACUUCUCCGCCUUCGAAUCAAGCGAGGAAUCAACCUCGCCAUCCGCGACGUUACCAGGACCAGCGACCCUUACAUCAUCGUGACCAUGGGGGCCCACAAACUGAAGACUGGCGUGGUGAAGAAGAACUUGAAUCCCGUGUGGAACGAGGAACUCACUCUUUCGAUUACCAACAUUAACGAGCCUAUCGUUUUCAACGUUUACGACAAAGACCAUAUCACCGGCGACGACCCUAUGGGCGAUGCAGUGGUUGACAUCAAGCCCUACAUGGAGUGCCUGAAACUGGCGGCGGAUUUGGAGAAGCUCCCAGAUGGGUGUGCGGUGAAGAAAGUCCAGCCCAGCAGGGACAACUGCCUGUCCAAAGAGAGCUGUUGCACUUGGCACGAGGGCAAAAUCGUCCAGGACAUGAUUCUUAAGCUGCGGAAUGUCGAGUGUGGGGAAAUUGUAAUCCAGAUUGAGUGGAUUGAUAUUCCGGGUUCUAAAGGUUUAGCAGCUGUUGAGGUCUAGGAGUUUUUGUAAUGCAUAUAUAGAAUCUCUAGUAUAGCUUUCGAGCUAGAAAGUAUGUGACUGUAACUGUUUUGUUGAAUUGAAUGUACAUAUAAUAAUCAGAAAUUUUAUUACCAAGUUAUGCAAGCACAAAAAUGAGCUAA